AUGGAAGAAGCAGGAAGCAGGAGGAAGCAGGAAGCAGGAAGGAUGCAGGAAGAAGCAGGAAGACCAGGAAACAGGAAGGACAUGAAGGAUGAAGGGCAGGAAGCAGGAAGGACAGGAAGGACAGGAAGGAAGAAGCAGGAUGGAAGAACCAGGAAGGACAGGAAGAAGGCAGCAGGAAGAAGCAGGAAGGACAGGAAGAAGCAGGAAGGACAGGAAGCAAGAAGCAGGAAGAAGCAGGAAGGAAGCAGGAAGCAGGAAGCAGGAAGCAGGAUGGAAGAAGCAGGAAGCAGGAGGAAGCAGGAAGCAGGAAGGAUGCAGGAAGAAGCAGGAAGACCAGGAAACAGGAAGGACAUGAAGGAUGAAGGGCAGGAAGCAGGAAGGACAGGAAGGACAGGAAGGAAGAAGCAGGAUGGAAGAACCAGGAAGGACAGGAAGAAGGCAGCAGGAAGAAGCAGGAAGGACAGGAAGAAGCAGGAAGGACAGGAAGCAAGAAGCAGGAAGAAGCAGGAAGGAAGCAGGAAGCAGGAAGCAGGCAGCAGCAGGCGCACCUUCAUCUUGAGCAGGUAG